CAACGAACGACGGGGCGGCGAAGGGCGAGCCGGAGGAAGAGGAGGCCGACCAACAAGAUGGCCCCUGCUGCAGGAGCAGCCUCGGCAGCAGCAGGUUGGGGGCUGGAGGCGGCGUUAGCGGUGGCGGUGACGGCCGUGGCCCGGCGGCCUAGGACAGAGUCAGAGUCGAUGAUGGCAGCGGCGGCGACGGCGGCUGCCGCGGCGACGGUGACGGCCGCGGAGACUCGGAGCUGAGAGGAGCUGCUGCUCGGACCAGCGCGGUUAUAUUUCACACUAUGUGCUGACUGUAUCUACAGAAGAUAUUUAAAAAAAGAUAAACUUUUUUCAAAGAUUUUGAUUCCAGUGGAAUCUUUGCUUUAGAUUUGUGUGUGUGUGAUUGUGUGUGUGUAUGUCUGUGUGUGUUAGUGAAUUGUAACUCCAGUAGCAAUGCCUGUACAAGCUCCACAAUGGACGGAUUUCCUCUCCUGCCCAAUUUGCACUCAAACUUUCGACGAAACAAUUCGAAAGCCCAUCAGUUUGGGCUGUGGCCAUACUGUCUGCAAGAUGUGCCUGAAUAAACUCCACCGCAAGGCUUGCCCUUUUGACCAGACCACUAUCAAUACAGACAUUGAGCUCCUCCCCGUGAACUCAGCAUUGCUGCAGCUAGUGGGUGCUCAGGUCCCUGAGCAGCAACCCAUUACUUUGUGUAGUGGGGUUGAAGAUACAAAGCAUUAUGAGGAGGCCAAGAAGUGUGUAGAAGAAUUAGCAUUGUACCUGAAACCGCUCAGCAGUGCUAGAGGAGUGGGUCUGAAUAGCACUACUCAGAGUGUUCUGAGUCGCCCAAUGCAGAGGAAGCUUGUGACACUAGUCCACUGCCAACUAGUGGAAGAAGAAGGCAGGAUUCGUGCUAUGAGGGCUGCUCGAUCUUUAGGUGAACGAACAGUUACAGAGCUCAUUCUCCAGCAUCAAAAUCCUCAACAACUCUCUUCCAAUCUUUGGGCAGCAGUCAGGGCUAGAGGCUGCCAAUUCCUUGGACCAGCAAUGCAGGAAGAAGCACUUAAGCUGGUUCUACUGGCUUUGGAAGAUGGUUCUGCUUUGUCACGGAAAGUGUUGGUUCUUUUUGUGGUGCAAAGGUUGGAGCCACGGUUUCCUCAAGCUUCUAAAACAAGCAUUGGGCAUGUUGUUCAACUCCUUUAUAGAGCCUCUUGCUUCAAGGUCACUAAACGUGAUGAAGACUCUUCUUUGAUGCAGCUGAAAGAAGAAUUUAGAACAUAUGAAGCUCUGAGGCGAGAACAUGACUCUCAGAUAGUGCAGAUUGCUAUGGAAGCAGGUUUAAGAAUUGCACCAGAUCAGUGGUCCUCUUUGCUUUAUGGAGACCAGUCUCACAAAUCUCAUAUGCAGUCCAUUAUUGACAAGUUGCAGACCCCAGCCUCUUUUGCACAAAGUGUUCAAGAACUAACAAUUGCUCUCCAGCGGACUGGAGAUCCAGCAAACUUGAACCGACUAAGACCCCAUUUGGAACUGUUAGCAAACAUUGACCCUAGUCCAGAUGCUCCGCCUCCUUCUUGGGAACAGCUGGAAAAUGGCCUGGUUGCUGUGCGUACAGUGGUACAUGGACUGGUUGAUUACAUCCAGAAUCACAGUAAAAAAGGAGCAGAUCAACAGCAGCCCCCACAGCAUAGCAAAUAUAAAACCUAUAUGUGUCGAGAUAUGAAGCAGAGAGGAGGGUGCCCUCGGGGUGCCAGCUGUACAUUCGCACACUCACAAGAGGAACUGGAAAAAUUUCGUAAAAUGAACAAACGUCUGAUUCCCAGAAAACUCUUGAGUGCCUCUUUGGGUCAACUUAAUGAGGUGGGGCUGCCUUCGACAGCAAUGCUUCCAGAUGAAGGUGCAGUGGAUCUUCCUAGCAGGAAACCCUCCGCUCUGCCAAAUGGAAUUGUAUCAUCAGGGAAUGCAGUAACACAGCUGAUUCCACGUGGGACAGAUGCCAGCUAUGAUUCUAGUCUGAAACCUGGAAAGAUAGAUCAUCUGAGCAGUAGUGCUCCUGGAUCCCCUCCUGAUGUGCUGGAAUCUGUCCCUAAGAGUAUUUCUGCCUUACCUGUGAAUCCACAUCCUAUACCCUCAAGAGGGCCAGCAGACUUGCCUCCCAUGCCUAUCACCAAACCACUUCAGAUGGUACCACGGGGUUCUCAGUUAUAUCCAGCACAACAGGCAGAUGUUUAUUAUCAGGAUCCUCGAGGAGCUGCACCACCAUUUGAACCAGCACCUUAUCAGCAGGGUAUGUACUAUACUCCACCACCACAAUGUGUGUCCCGUUUUGUCCGACCUCCACCAUCUGCUCCUGAACCUGGUCCUCCCUACUUGGAUCAUUAUUCACCCUACCUCCAAGAUCGUGUUGUAAACUCUCAGUAUGGCACACAACCACAACAGUACCCACCUAUGUAUCCACCUCACUAUGAUGGCCGUCGAGUAUACCCUGCUCAGUCUUAUACAAGAGAGGAGAUUUUCCGAGAAAGCCCCAUACCUAUUGAGAUUCCACCUGCAGCAGUACCAUCCUAUGUACCAGAAUCCAGAGAAAGAUACCAGCCUGUGGAGGGUUACUAUCCAGUGGCUCCUCAUCCAACCCAGAUCAGACCUUCAUACCCCAGAGAACCUCCAUAUAGUCGACUUCCUCCUCCUUCACAACCCCACCCUAGUCUAGAUGAGCUACAUCGAAGAAGAAAGGAAAUAAUGGCUCAACUAGAGGAAAGAAAAGUUAUCUCUCCACCUCCUUUUGCACCUUCACCAACAUUGCCUCCCACAUUCCAUCAAGAGGAAUUUUUGGAUGAAGAAUUGAAAGUAGCUGGGAAAUACAAAGGAAAUGACUAUAGCCAAUACUCUCCUUGGUCAUGUGAUACCAUCGGCUCCUACAUUGGAACCAAAGAUGUAAAACCCAAAGAUGUUAUGGCAGCAGGGAGUGUGGAAAUGAUGAAUUUGGAAAGUAAAGGUAUGAGAGACCAGCGAUUAGAUUUUCAGAGACGAGCAGUAGAAAGCAGUGAUGAUGACCUCAUUCCAUUUGGAGAUCGACCAACAGUAUCUCGGUUUGGUGCCAUCUCUCGAACUUCCAAAACAAUAUAUCAAGGUGCUGGCCCAAUACAGGCUAUGGCACCUCAGGGAGCUCCCACAAAAUCUAUUAACAUUUCAGAUUACAGUCCAUAUGGAACCCAUGGAGGCUGGGGAGGUUCUCCAUAUUCACCUCAUCAAAACAUACCUUCUCAGGGACACUUCAGUGAGAGGGAGAGAAUAUCCAUAUCAGAAGUGGCUAGUCAUGGGAAACCCCUUCCAUCUGCUGAGAGGGAGCAACUACGACUAGAAUUGCAGCAACUGAACCAUCAGAUUAGUCAGCAGACCCAACUUCGUGGACUUGAGGCUGUUAGUAACAGGCUGGUGUUACAAAGGGAGGCAAACACCUUGGCAGGCCAGCCACAACCCCUACCACCUCCAAAAUGGCCUGGAAUGAUCUCAAGUGAGCAGCUGAGCUUAGAACUUCACCAGGUGGAGAGAGAAAUUGGGAAAAGAACCCGGGAACUAAGUAUGGAGAACCAGUGCUCUCUGGACAUGAAAAGCAAGUUGAACACAAGCAAACAAGCAGAAAAUGGACAACCAGAACCCCAAAACAAAGUUCCAACCGAGGAUCUUACAUUGACAUUCAGCAGUGAUGUUCCAAAUGGAUCAGCCUUGACACAAGAGAAUAUCAGCCUCCUGUCAAACAAGACCAGCUCUUUGAACCUGUCAGAAGACCCUGAGGGAGGAGGGGAUAACAAUGACUCCCAGAGAUCAGGAGUUACUCCCAGUUCUGCUCCCUAAAAUAUGGGGAGUCCUGCUUCUCUCUUCUACUCCUAAUCAACUUGUGGGGAUAGGAGAGAAAGAACAAAUGGAUAACUUCUAAACUUUUUCUCUAAAGUAGUCAGAGAAAUCCAGGAAAAGCACGGAGGCAGUGUGCACAAACACCACUACUAAACACACCCUGCACAUAGUUCACAUUCAUGCAUUUUUUAAUUUAAAGAAAAAGAAAAUUAGCAGUAUCUGCAAGCAAUUCAGAUUAAAUUUGUUUUUGUUCUGUGAAUGAACUUUAUUUUAAUAACUUUGGACGCCUUGGAUGCAGGGCUUUAAAAAAGAAGAUAUUAUAUAUACACUCUGUUUGAUUAAUUGUAUGAUCUUAAUGAAAUAGGUUUUUCUUGUAUUUUGGUAUUAUUACAUACCCAGUGUAUAAUUCCUUACCCCCUAGUCCUUUCCAUCUCUCACAACCUCAUAAAGACAAAAUGCACCAGUAUUUGUAAGAAUUCUGUGGUGCUUGAAAAACAGAGACAGUAAUAGAUUGAGUUAUUAGAAAAUGUGCAGCAAACUAAAUUUUAUUGGCACUUGCUGUUGGAAUAUUUUUUCCUUUCUGAAUCACUAGCUUCAUGGAUGGAUAGAAGGGUUUUUCUUAUGACAUUGAAAGUUGAAGGGGCAUAGUUUCAGCUUUCUAGAGAUAUGUAAUGAUUUAUUUUUAGUUCCCUGUGUUAAGGCUUCUUUGCAUUCUUUUAUGUAAUCAGAAAGCCUAGUCUGUAUUUGCAUUGUUUGAUUAUUUAAGAAUGAACUAUAACUUGUUAACAUUAAAAAUACACAUUGAUGUAUUCUCUGUGUUUCGCUCAUGGUUGAAAAUUUGAAAUUGUGCUUUACAAAUUAAACUUUUACUGAAAUACUGAAAUGCCCCAAACUAGGACAAUCAACCAUGUUUAAAACUGUAAAAUAUGAACUACCUGAAUUUUAAGGAGAGUGUAUGAAUUGAUUAUUUGUUGUUCCUUAUAAUUAGUAGCAAAAACUAUAAAAACCCUAAAAUCAGUUUUCACAAACUUGGCUUUCCAGCAUGAAGAAAGUUUCCUUCUGAAAAUAACCCAAAAAAAAGUACAGAGGAUUUUUUUUAAUUAUUUAGUUCUGCUGCACAUAUUCUGAUGCCAUAGCUCUAUAUUUAACUAAGCCCAUUUAAACUUGCUAAGUGGGGAUUGUUUCAUGUAAUCACUCUCCCCUUCCCUCUGUUUAUCUGAUUUUUGGUUUCUCUUUCUAGAUUAUCUACUAAAUCAGAAAGCACUGGUUAUGUAAUAAGUUUCUGCAUUGCUUUGGUUGGGUAAAAGCAAAAGUUUAUAUAUUUUUCUUGUUUCUUGUGUUCUUAACCCUUAACUCCUGCUGAGGUCAGAACAACCUCAGUCUAAGCUCUGUAUCCAUCAUACUGUUAACUGAAACAAGUGCGGGUGGGGGGGUGGGAGGGGUAACUCAGUCCUGCCAUUGCCUACCAGUAGGAGAGUCCAAACAGAACACUCAUUUGAGUAGCGAUUAUUUAAUUUGCCCAGUCAAGGCACCGUGUUUAUAUACUAUUUCACAUUGAAUUUGAUUAUGCCCUACAGACCUGGCUGGUCAAGGAUUUGAUAUACACAUAUUGGCUUGGGAUUCGAGCUUUCUUUUUUAUUUAAAUAAAAAUUUAUAUAUAUUAUAUAUAUACAUAUAUACAUAGCUAUAUCUGUAUAUAUAUUGGGUAUGUUUUAAGGAUUUCUUCGCAUGAGCGCAGCUGUUGCGAUAAAAUGACUGAUUGGGAGGUAGAAGCACUGAAUGAAGGUGAGGCAUUUUUCAUUUGAUGCAGACAUUUCUCUUUUUAACAUACAUUCAUUUGUUUUUUUAUUUAAUUUACUAUAAACCCUCUUACAGUUAUAUUUUAAAUACUCAUUGUUGGGAGAAGGAAAGAAACUUUGGUUUUGUCUGACAGAAUGUUAAAGAAUUUCCAUUUUUCUGCAUAAUUAUACAAGGCAGCAUUAUUGACCUGGAGCCUUCUAUGCAGAGUUGGGCAUGUAAUCCUAAAUCGUCAAUGAAAUUGAUUUACUUUGGAAGUUGGAAUUACUCUGGUAUUAGAAAAGAACAUAAGGUUGUUAAUUUGCUGUACCUUUGAAGACCCCAUACUCUGGAGAACUUGGUUAGGAAGACAGAAGAGAUGUAUGCUAUCCCAUUGUGCCUGUAAUUUAGCUAUUUUAAAUUCAUCAUUCUGCCUUACCUAAUGGAAAUUCUUAGUUUUGUUUUCCUAAUGCUCACUUUGUAGGUUCAGAAAUUCAGUAAAACCCUCAAAGUUUGGGUAUUUUUCCCACUUUUCCUUUGUGACAUAUUUUGUGUUAUAAAGAGCUAAUAAAAGUAAGUGGCCUAUGAGUACAUAA